AUGGGUGUGAUGCCGAGGUCUCCACAGGGUUCGUCUCGGGUUCCGGGAAAUUCGGGGCGGGUCCUGUCAGCCUUUGAUGGAGAAACGGCCUCGGAGAGAACAACCGCAAGCCUGGAUAGUGCUGAUUUCGAGGAAACUGAGAGGGAAGUACUGGAGGUGUCGACCGAUUCGGGAAGCACUUCGAGUGUAGUAGAAGUGGGGGCUGAUGGCUCUCGGCCAUCGACGAGUGGGCGUCGGGUGGGGGAGGCCGAAGGAGAUGUCUCCGUUGUCGACCCUGGAGAGGGCGUGCUGACGGUGAAGGUCUUGGCGGCGAUCGGUUACGCCCCGGGGCAGUUUAAUCCGAAUUUCUGGAUUACACUCCUUCGGACGAUCACAACGUUCAACAUAGUUGGUGAAGAAGACCCGAGCUAUGAGCAAUUUGCCCAUUUGUACAGCGUGACGAGGGCGAAGAGCGCCGAUCAAGGGGGGUGGGUGCAGUCGAAUUGCCUGGCGGCAAGGCAGAGGGGGCACUUUGUAGUGGGGGUGCCGAGUUCUCAGAAGACUUGGCGCCAACAUCGGGUGCUCAUGUCUGGAGCUUGGGAAUCGGCACCGGGGGUAAUUGUGGAGAGGCAUAUCCCCACGUCCUUUCAGACAAUCGUGUCCUUGAAACGGCCGAUCGCUACGAAGAGGGAGAUAGAAGUGAUCGAGCGCGUUCGGUCAAGGAUAUCAGAGGAAGGACGCUUUCACAAGGCUCUGCUGGAUUACAAGAAUUUGUACAAGGCAGGUCUAAUUUGCGAGCUUGAGUACGUCCGAAGGAAGGAGGAGGAAGAAGAAAAAGAUAGGCAAAUGGCAGGAGGUCGAGAGAUGACGGACGCGAAGAGGAAGCAGCCGUCCUCGUGCCCGACGACGACGAGGAUACCGAGGCUGACCCAGUGA